ACUAAUAUAGCAAGGAGGACAAAUAGUUGACUGACUUUAUCUGAGAUAGAGCUUGAAUUUUAUAUGAGAGAGAGCUUGGAAAGAGAAUCCAUGGCUUCUCCUCCUUGCCAUUCUUCAGUCGUCUGGAGAACAGACCUUUUCGUGAGUUUUAGAGGAGAAGAUGUGCGUAAAACAUUCGUGAGCCAUCUAUUCUGCGAGCUUGAUCGUAUGGGGAUCAACACUUUCAGAGACGAUUUGGAUCUUGAGAGAGGCAAGUUUAUCUCCUCAGAGCUUGUAGAUGUGAUCAAAGGCUCCAGAUUUGCGAUCGUUGUGGUCUCUAGGAACUACGCAUCUUCAAGCUGGUGCUUGGACGAGCUCUUGAAGAUCAUGGAAUGUAAGAACACGGUUGAUCAGACGAUCAUACCCGUUUUCUACGAAGUUGAUCCUUCGGAUGUGAGAAGACAGGCUGGGAGUGUCGGUGAGGGUGUUGAGAGUCAUAGUGACAAGAAGAAGGUGAAGAAAUGGAGAGAAGCUUUGACGCAGUUAGCUUAUAUAUCUCGUGAAGAUUCUCGGAACUGGAAGGAUGAGUCAAAGCUAGUUAAGAAGAUUGUUAAAGACAUUUCUGAUAGAUUGGUUCCCAAUUCAUUGGAUGAUUCAAAUGAGUUGAUUGGAAUGAGUUCCCAUAUGGACUUUCUACUGUCUAUGCUGUCUACAGAGGACGAAGAUGUUGUUAGAAUGGUAGGGAUUUGGGGAAUGGGUGGAGUUGGGAAAACUACGAUUGCUAAAUACUUAUACAACAAACUCUCAUCUCGAUUUCAAGCUCAUUGCUUCAUGGAGAAUGUGAAGGAAGUCUGUAACAGAUAUGGAGUUACUUUACAGGGAGAGUUUUUAUGCAGAAUGUUUGGAGAGAGAGAUUUAGUUUCUUGUUCGAGCAUAAUAAAGGAAAGGUUCAGGCAUAAAAGGGCUUUGAUUGUACUCGAUGAUGUAGAUCGAUCUGAGCAGCUUAAUGAAUUGGUUAAGGAGACUGGUUGGUUUGGUCCGGGAAGCAGAGUCAUUGUAACAACGCGAGAUAGACAUUUGCUAGUUUCUCAUGGCAUUAAUCUGAUAUAUAAAGUUAGGUGUUUACCCAAAAAAGAAGCUUUGCAGCUCUUUUGCAACUGUGCUUUCAGAAAUGAGACUAUAGCUCCAGAGUUCCAGGAGUUAUCGGUUCAAGCUAUAAACUAUGCUUCUGGUCUUCCACUGGCUUUAAGAGUUUUAGGUUCUUUCCUUUAUCGAAGAACCCAAAGAGAAUGGGAAAGCACACUCGCUAGGCUUCAAACUUCUCCGCAUAGUGAUAUCAUGGAGGUUCUGAGAGUUAGCUACGAUGGAAUGGAUGAGCAAGAGAAGGCUAUUUUUCUCUACAUAUCAUGUUUCUACAAGAUGAAGCAUGUUGAUUAUGUCACAAGACUUCUGGAUAUUUGUGGCUAUGCUGCUGAAAAGGUAUCACGGUUCUCGCUGAGAAGUCUUUGA